CAGAUCUGGAGAGGCUAUACAGCGAUACAUCUGCGCACUAUGGAUGAGCAAAGACACCCCGUCAACAUUCAUCUGACUGGAGUCAUGCAGAAACAGACAUCUAAAUUGUAUAUGACUACUGUUCUCUGGUCAGAUCACAGUGAGAUCACUGUGUACAGGUCACUUAAAGACUAUAAAACUCUACACAGACAACUCAAGAAGAAAUUCCCUCCUUCAAACCACAUUCAAGGUUCAGAAAGGAUUGUACCCAAGUUUAAAGCGGCAAGAGUCAUUAAGAACUUGCAGAAGUGGAACCCGAGUAAGUCAGUGCUGAGGCUGAAAGCUCUGGAUGAAUAUUGCACUGAAUUACUCAAGAGAGAUCCCCGUAUCUCCCAAAGUACUGAACUCAUGCAGUUCCUGCAACCCAACCCUCAGGACCUCAGUUCAGACUUGGCAAAAAACAGUAUAGUGAUCAUGCCGUCAGAGACGUCUCUAGGCAUCAGUGAAGGUAAACCUUCAGCCAGCGGCGUCACUCAACCGUUUGUUACUGAAACAUACCACUGUUUGGCCUCUUAUGAGACCAAGGACACCAAAAACCGCCCCUUCAAGGUUGAACCUUAUGAGACAGUGGACGUGCUCAUUAAAGACAAAGGAGGAUGGUGGUUGGUGGAGAAUGAAUCUAAACAUCUGGCCUGGUUUCCUGCACCAUACCUGGUGAAAGCCGAGACAGACGAUGAUGCUACUGAUGUGAUGGAGGACGGAAGUGUUCUCUACGUUGCUUCCAGAAGUUACAAAGCCAUGAACAGUGACGAGAUAUCUGUCGAGAUUGGCUCCGUGGUGGAGGUGUUACAGAAAUCUGACAAUGGCUGGUGGAUAAUCAGAUACAACCGAAAGGCUGGCUAUGUACCGUCUAUGUACCUGCAACAGUACAAUAACCCACUGAUUCGUAUAAUGCCAAUUCAGAAGGAGAUUUCCACCUCCACUCUUGACCUGUCAAAACUUCAGGGUACUGAAGGCAGUUCCUUGUGGGUCUCCAACCGCGAGCUCAGCAGAUCCCAGGGAAACCUAGCGUUGCCUUCAGGAAGCAGCCUGUCCCCUAGAGAUAUGCAGAUGUCACGUUCAUUGAGCAUACUCCCAGAUAAUAGCACAACACACCAGACUCCACCAUCCAUCCAUGUGGAAUUUGUCAAGAACCAUCAGCGGGGCAGUCUGAGUGAGGACAGCGAGGAAAAUAGCUUCAGUGAUGACAGCAGCUCCUUAGGCAGCGAAUCUCCGAGUCUCUCCGGCGCAGGGGAACCGUUCGGCCGUGGGUGCACCCCCACGCCGAACUCUUCAGGCAGCCUUAGCCCCGACAGUGCCACACAAGGCAAGAUGAUUGACAACAGAUCAGAUCCCAGCAUCACCAAGAUGCCCGGCACCCCCAAAGUACCUCCCAGACCCAAAGCUCAAGAGAUACUCAAACGCUGCACAACAGUCACACGCAAGAACCUGCAGAGAACCAGUUAGGUGCUUACUGAUGUGAAACAUCAGGUUUUGUUACAGGAGAACAUUCCAGGUCAGCAGAUGGCAUAAAGCUGAUCAGAAGAGAAGACUCUUGUCCUUAAACCACGAUUGCACAUUUAUUCCUUUAACACUUAAAGUUUGCCUGUUAUUCUCAGAACAGAUUAUUAUUAUAGCUGUAUAAUACAAAAUGUUUUGCUGCCCGUUUUCCUAUGUUGCUGUCUGGAUGGGAAGGCAGUAGUUUUUGCUUUCACUAAAGAGAAAGUGAAAAUAAACACAGCACAUACUGUAUAUCAUUUCAUCAGUUCUUUUUCUAAAUAUUUAUCUCAAAUGUGUGUCUGUCUUAGUUUAUCCUCUUAAAAACCCUUCCAUAGUGGAAAUGAUGAUAUGUGCCUUAUAUGCAUUCUGUACCUGUACAUGUAUUACAGUAUAUCUGAACAUUAAGUCUUUAUUUUUUGUCUGUACAAUAAAAUCAAAUAAAACAGGUAUGUGUGGAAGAGGCUUUAUUAG